AUGACAGUUGUGCGUCCACCAAAUAGUUUAUGGAAAGACCUAGUUGUCUACCAGUUCUCUCAAACAGUGCAAGCAGUUGAGAACUUGUGGUGGCAAGGAUUUGCACAAGAUGGUUUAGGUUUUCAAGUGAUACCCAAUAUGUUGGAGCUAGUUGUAUACAUAUUGGGGAACAUGUGGAAGGAGCAGAUAGCGAACCAGGUGGUCCUAAAUCUGUUUCCGAAGAACAUGAAUGCAGCUGUUGAGAAUUCCCAGACCAAUGGUAAAAAUUCUGUACCUAAUAGUCAGCCUAAAUGGGAACACUUUGACCUGAAGUUAUAUUUUGAAUUGGUCCUCGAUUCUCAUCGCUGGGUUCCAUUACCAGCAGUCGGCUUUCCUGCCUGCAGUUUGAGCGAAGAAAGUCAUGAAGAUGUUACUCCUCCCUCAAGUCUAAUGGAGCACCCACCUUUGGCUGUAUUUGUUAAUGGUGUCUCUGCGGCAAUGAAUGAAUUAAGACCUUGUGCUCCCUUAAGUUUAAAACACGUGCUUGCACAAGAACUGGUGAAAGGAUUGCAGGCUGUUUCUGAUGCUUUACUGAGAUAUAACAGCACUCGCAUGCUUCGAGAGAACGAGUCUCUACUUUUCCUAUCACUAUGUCGAGCAUUUAUCGAGGUUGCUUUCCCACACUGUAUUACUUGCUUUGGCCGUUGUUGUCCUAGUGGAGCUGCUCUAAUAGCCGAUGCCAAAACUCUUUUUGAUGGAAUUAGCCGACUAUUGGCAACUAGAGAACCUCCAAAACCAGUUCGUAAUCCAGAGGCCAAGAGUAUAUUAGAAAAUGGUGACGUGCCUAAUGAGGAAAAUGGGGAGAUUCCUAGUACUGAACCAACUGAGAGUACCAACACAGAAGAGGAACACAACAAUGUCCCUUCAGAAAAUGAGGAGAAGCCUCGUAAUGUAUCAUCAUGAUGUUGAAGAGCAUAUGCAUUUAGAAAGCCAGUGUAUAUGUAUACUGCAUUUUCUGAUGAAGUACUAAAGAGAAUCAGAAAGACGCUUGUUUUCCUGCUUCAAAUCCAGGGAGUAACCUUUUCAUAUGAGAUAGUGGUGGUGGUUGAUUCAUUAUGAUCAAAUAUGAGCAGUAGCAUUUGUACUCAUUUUAAAGAAACGAUACUGCUCAGAUGGCGUUCGGCUUGUAACAUCUUUGAAAUUUUUUUCUUCCUGUUUCACCUCCACUUAAUCAUAUUGUUAGUGAGAAUUAAUUGAUUUAUAUACAAGAUGUCCCAGUGUAAUGAAGAUUUUGUACAUACAGUGAUGCUCCAGGGUCU